AAAAAAUAAUCUUCGCUGUGAGUAAAAAAAGGGAUUGUUUACAUUUUGUUGAACAUUGAAUUUUCCGCCCUAAUUUAGGGUUUUUUCGUCUCCAAUACGAUUCUUGUAUGCUCCGUAUCGUCCGUAUCUAAUCAGUAAAUUGAACAUAACCUAAAAUCAUUGAGUUUCAUUGACAAAAUUUUCACGAUAAAAUGAACAAGAGACUUUUAUCACGUUCCUGGCCAUUUGAGCCAGUCAGUUGGUGAUUUUGCAUCGGACACAGUGGUCACAUAGUGAUGAAGACUGCGGGCAUUUAGUGUUUUUUUUUUCUUUGAAGUGUUCCAGAAAGUAAUUUCGCGUGACCUUCUCUGUCCUCAAGUGCUCCGCGGGUACAUUUAAGUGUUGUAAAAGAUGCGCCUGACACGGCCUGUGUUUGUGUAUGCGAAGAAGAUGCUGGACUUCUAUUCGCAAUUCAAUCCAUCACCACUGUCCAUUAAGCAAUUCAUCGAUUUUGGUCUCAAUGCGUGCGAGAAGAAAUCCUACCUGUUCCUGCGGAAGGAACUCCCGGUGCGUCUUGCAAAUAUCAUGCAGGAGAUCGCCCUGCUGCCGCAGCAACUCCUGCGUGCCCCAUCGGUGGCAAUGGUGAGUCAGUGGUACCACAAGAGCUUCGAGGAGAUCAUAAACUAUGAGAAAAUCGACCCAACUUCGGAUAUUCUGAAGCGCUUUGUGGGUGAUCUCAAGGGGAUUCGCGACAGGCAUUCGGAUGUCGUGCAAACCAUGGCACUGGGGAUAUUGGAGAUGAAGGAGAAUCACCGUGGGGACAUGGAACCGGGCAUGGAGACAUCCAUCCAGUACUUCCUCGAUCGCCUCUACAUGUCCCGCAUUAGUAUUCGUAUGCUCAUCAAUCAGCACACCAUCCUCUUUGGGACACAUCAACCGGAUCCGGGGAAGCAUAUUGGGUGCAUUGAUCCCAUGUGCAAUCCCACAGCUGUCGUGAGGGAUGCCUACGAGACAGCACGAUUCCUGUGUGAGCAGUACUACUUCGGGGCACCAGCACUGGAGAUUGAGGAGCACAAUGAACUGGAACCUGGACAACCUGUCAGGAUAAUCUACGUCCCAUCGCAUCUCUACCAUAUGCUCUUUGAGCUCUUCAAGAACUCCAUGCGUGCCGUAAUGGAGCGCUUCCAGCAUGAUGAGGAGAAUAUCCCGUCAAUCAAGGUAACGAUCGUGCGUGCUAAAGAGGACAUUUGCGUGAAGAUGUCUGAUCGUGGUGGGGGGAUUCCACGAUCACAGAUGCAUCUCCUGUUUAAGUACAUGUACAGCACAGCACCGCAGCCGCAGAAGCACGUGGACCAUCAAUCCAAUACUGUUCCACUCGCUGGCUACGGCUACGGAUUACCCAUUUCGCGUCUCUAUGCGCGCUACUUCCACGGAGAUCUCUGUCUAAUGUCCUGCGAAGGAUACGGUACGGAUGCAGUGAUCUAUCUCAAGACUCUCUCCGACGAGGCUAACGAACUACUACCGAUCUACAAUAGUUCCAGUAGGAAGUUCUAUGAGCCAAAUGUACCCAUUAGAGAUUGGUCGUCAUCCAGUAAUAAGUCUCGGCCACAGAUUAUGAUUUAAAUUAAAAUAUAUGAAUGAAUGAAGAUUGGAGCUGUACAGGAAGCUGUGAGAGAUUCAUCUAAUUCAACUUGCACGUGCUGUAUUUCCACGAGAAAUUUGUACAAAAAAAAAGAAAGAUUUUUUGGGCGUAUGAAUGUUGAGAGAAUAAAAAGAAAUAUUUUGUUAUACAUGAAAAAA